AUGUCUCGGCCCGCAGACUCAACACCUAGAAAACCGCGGAAGUUCCUACCUGAACCUAUUGAGAUAUCCUCCCGCAGUUCCAAAAAGAAGGACAGCGGCCUAUCCACUGAGCGCCUACACACAACUCAAAUACAUGCCACCCCCGAAUCACUUUCGAACGAGACAAAUGGCGCAGACCAUACAUUGCAAAUUGGAGCGUUGAAUUCCGACAGAAAGCAACGGGGUCCAAGGAAGUUCGCCCCGCAGUUGAUGGAAACCGCUAGGCACUCUGUGCGGCCAGGGAAGAAGCAAUCAUCCCAACCGGAUAGUUUAUCACGGCUAGAAUCACGAAGCUCCAAUGACAUGGACAUAGUCGUUGACACCAAACCAAUUGAAUCGGCUGCAGCAACGCAGGAGUCUCGAUUCUCAUACUCCAGCCUCCUGCGUCGCCAUGAGGCAAGAAGGCACUCAUUUCGCGUCCCAGACUUACCUGCUAUCCCUUCCAGCUGCAGUGAGGAAUCCAAAGACUCGGUAUCGCCCUCAUUGCCUCGGUCACCAUCGGCCCCCCCUGGCAGACGAGCAGCAAUCCCCCCUGAUACUGUAAAACAAUCAGGAGAUGGCCUGGAGGAGCAGUUCCUACAGUAUUUACUCCCCUUUUCACUCCAGCCGUCGGAGACUCAAUUAAAAGAGCAAGCUUUGGCGGCCUUUCCCAACGAACAAGUUUACCAGCCAGUAGACCACUUCGCUAUCGAUAGGGAGGAAGAAGAGCCUCCCUACGACGCGGAAUGCCAUCUACGUGACCCCGGGCUUCAACACAGGAUAAACAGACGGACGUCAUCUGCAGAUCUACAAUUCGAACUGGAAUACCUGCGGAGGCAUAAGGAAGAAGCGGGGAUGAAUAGACGUCAUUACUUUACCACACGAGGAGGGCGCCUCUCUCAACUGAAUCGUCGAUCCUCGAAAGGAGUUGAUAGAGCUGUAGCUCGUGGUCAGCCGGAGGAGGCGCGGGAGAAGGAUCGUCCAUUGGCCCAGCUCAGGCAGGCUGCCAGCCCACCGAUGCUGGGACGAGAUCUUGUUUUCCCGCAGAGUCUGACACCAGCGACCACUAUAUCCGAAGACUCCCGGACGCAUAGUUCUAAUGACAUUCAGCAUAUAUUUUCGGCAUUUUCCGGACUCUGGAAUGCAAAUCCACACGUCCCCGCACAGGAAGAAUGCAAUGGCCUCUGGAACGGAACCUGUAAAGUGGGCAGGCAGAGUACAUAUGGCAAUGAAGCCUUGAUACCCGGCCUCGUCACCCCGAGAUAUGGCGCCGAACCAGCUACGCGGAAGGGCACCAGUGAUGAAACGCCUAUGACUGGGGUCCCUGUAGGCCAGCAAGUCUCACGCCCCGCAGUCCACAAUCUCAACGAGCCCAGCGAUGAGACCAAUCAGGAAUUCAACGACGGAUUUGUUACGCAGAUCUACAAUUACUUGUCGUUGGGGUACCCUAGCGUUGCGCGCUACUAUGACUAUGAACUCAGUAAAGUUUCAGGUGUCCCAGUGGCAGCACUCAGAGCCGAUGAUUUGAACACCGACGCCAAAGGCCAUGUCGCUGUGCAUGAUUCCCCGAAAAAAGGUUCCGCUAAUGGGGCAUGUAUGCGAUGGACGGCGCUUCGCCUUUACAUCCGGGAAUGGGCGCGCCAGCAACCUCAAAUGUCUGAAGCAGACCCAUACCAUGAAACAUGGGGUGUACGCGAGCGUAAGGGGAGCUGGGCAGUGUGA